UUGUGAUUUUGUUUCUUACAGUUCACCGAGAGACCCCAAGGAGAGCUAAGUAGUAGAGCGACAACCGAACAGCCGGUGUCACCAGGUGACCCACGAGGCUACCACCUGUCAAAGUCUCUAUUUUUGGCCGACCCGUAAUUGAACCCGCCUAACUGUCUAACUGUCUGCAUCAGUUAGCCGAAAUUCUUAUAGACGGCAUAGCCCGUACGAUAGCUCGUUAGCCAGAAAACAAACUUGCAUUGGCCUCUUUGUGUGUGUGCUGUGUUUCUCUCGUCCGCAGUGAGCCAGGAUGUCCCGUUCAUCCAGUCCCGCAGUCCCUUGGGAUCACCUAGCGACAUGGCUGGAAACGAUGACGACCCCCUUCCUGCCCACGGACACCAGUGACCUGCAGCACUUGAGCCAAAGACAACUGGACACUGAGAUGGACCUGCUGAUGGCACACGAUCCGACGCAGAGUUACCCCCACAAAGAGCUCGCCAGGAUCACCGGGACCCUAGCUCACCUCCUCAUCGCCCAGGCACAGCUCAGCGAAAAGAGCUACCUCGACCUGGAGCAGGAAGCUGCUCACACCCAGAGCCGUCUAGAUAAGCUACUUCUCGAGACCCAAGACCAGCACGAGAAAGAGGAUGCCACAGACCCAGGGCUACAGGAGGAAGUAGACAGACUUCAAAAUGCCCUGGAGAAUCUUCGUCUGGACACAGACCAAAGAGAACAUUUAGAGAGAGAAGCCCGAGAGGGACUCGAGGCAAAGCUCCGACAAGCUGAAGCCCUCCUUGAAAGGGCUGAAAUUGAACUGAAAGAAAGAGAUGCUAAAGCUAAGGCCUGUGAAAAUCUCCUUAACAUGGCCCGAGCUGAAAUCCAUGACCUUACACAGCAUAAAAACUUUCUAAAAAGUUUCCCCUGGCCAGUGGACCCAAGCCUUUCAGCCAAGAACUUAGAGCUGGAAAAGGGAGUGAAAGCCUGCUUUUCAAAAUGUCACCAACCAGCCUGCACGAACCCCUGUCAGCAGCGGGGGAGGGAAAACCCUUCCAGAAAGUCCUGGUCACCGGCCACGGACACAUGGCUCCCAAAGAACUAGAACAAGCUGGCUAGAAACAUCCCUACUUUCAACCCAGAUCCUGCAGGAGGCCAUGACAUUCACGCUUACUUACAAAACAUAGACUUACACUUACAAACUGUCGCCAACGUAACCACUUGGGACAAACUGUACCUGCUCAGAAUUACGUCCAGUCGUGAGGUACGCAGUUUCUUAGACCGUCAACCAGAGACUGUCAAAACAGACUACCAGCAACUGCGAAAAGCUUUGGUGCGUGAAUUCUCUGAUCCAGAAUCAGACCAAGGGUUAGUAACUGCAAUGGACCUCAAGCAAGGUCGACUUGAAACCCCAACGAAUUUCUAUAACCGACUGCGACGUGCCUACUUCGGAGCACGAAAUGAACCAGGCAUGGAGGAAGACAUUAACUUCCGAACUUUGUUUCUUCGAAACCUCCAUCCUACUGUAAGCCACCAUUUGGGAUUAUUAGUGUGCCCGCGUAGCAUGUCAACACAACAGUUACGCGACUUAGCCCAUAAGGCUUACACCAAACAAAAGACUGUGUCAGAAAAGACUGUAAAACACCCAACUAUUUGCCCUGUCUCUGAGUCCUAUUCAGAGUUGACCCUAGAGGGCGCCCAACAGCACCACAGUUAUAGACCCGGCAACCGAGAGUCAAGACCGUUCCAAGCCAGCAGAGGGCAGCGUGGUCGUGGUGGUGGCCGUCCCAGGCAACAGAACAACCGCUCUGGAGGAUCCUGGGACCGGCCUCACCCCUCCCACAACCAAAAGGAGGGGGCCACCUGGGAAGCCAGCCGGCGACUCAGAAAUAGCCGACCUACAGCCUCCAGAACACCAAGCCCAGGGAGCCGGGAGGGGGAACACUCUUGA